AGAGGAGGAGCCUUGCCUCUGCUGCUGAGCCCUUGGGAGAGAAAUGAGUUUGCAUGUGGAACGUCCCUUCACAAGAUGCAGUGAGGUUUGCCAUUGGCUUCCAGUGAAUAUAGCAAUAUAUUAAUGGUUCAAGAUCAUCCUUUUGAAGACAUGUACAUGCAAACAUUAAUCUGAGGCAUUGUGGGGCCAGGAAGGCCACUUAUAUACUGGAUGAGAAGUUGUUUCAAGAGGAACUGUGAGAUUUGGAAACUGCCAAUUGCCCUUGUAAUGAAAGAGUAAGAUGUCUCUUCUUGUGGAGGCAUCUAAACUGGGAUCAAAAUAUGGCUUCCACCAAGAAGGAAAUGAAGAUAAGAACCAAAGUGAAGGAACUGGUUUCAGAAGCUGAUGACCAAGGUGAUGGGUUGAAAGAAAAUGAAGAAGGGGCAGUGUCGGCCAUUUUCGUGGGACCUCAGGUUGUCCAGUGUGGACCUGAUAAGGCCUCGCUAAGAUGGCCGACGUUGCCUCAGGUGAAACAAGAAGCAGACGAUGAGUUGUCUGAACACUGGGAGGCUCAGUGGCAAGAAUUCUUGAAAGGCACACCAUCCCUUCGCUGGAGGUUGGAAAACGCACCAGCGACCAAGUUCCCAUCGUGGAACGACAGUGAGGCCUUCUUUGCUUCCUUUGGGGGAGCAACUGAUGCCCAUUGCCCACUCAGUUUGGUGAGCCAUCUUGUGCCAUCUCUCAACAGAGAAGCCCAGCUCAUUUUUGGCCACCUUGAUGUCACUGAGUUGUCCUCUUCUGCAAAAGCCAUAGAUGGCUCCGUGGGCACAGAGAAGCAGAGUCCACAGCCAUGGUCUGAGAACGAGCUGCAAGAGGUUUGCUGUAAACUCCGGCAGAUUUGCCAACAGUGGCUGAAGCCCAAGACGCCCAUGGAGGAGCAGGUCCUGGAGUUGGUUAUCCUGGAGCAGUUCCUCUCCAUCUUGCCACCAGACAUUCAGAGCUGGGUCAGGAAGCGCUGGCCGGAGGCCUGUAUCCAGGCAGUGUCCCUGGCAAAGGCCUUCCUACUGAGGGGGCAAAAGGCUGAGGUCCAGGAGCUGGAGGUCCCGGAGUCAUUUGGAACGAGGACUGUGACUUUCCUAGUGGCAGAAUGGACACUUUUGAACAUCUGGCAGAAGCAUCUUAGCAAGGAGGGCAAGCAAGAGAACAGCGGAUCUGGCAGCUUGCUGGAUGGGUGGAAUAGUGAGAAUGAAAAGAAUUCUUCACUUGAAAGAAGAGAGCAAGUGGUGAUGCCAAGCCAGGCCAGGAAAAACAUGGAUCAGUGUUGCAAGAAAGGGGAACCCUCUAAGAAUUUGGAUAAGUCAGAGGGCAAACAAGAAUUCCUGAAAGGGGUGAGACUGAGUAGGUUGAUCAUCUGCAGACGAGAAAAUGUUGGCAAAGAUGACUUCAGCAUGGUGAAGAAAGAACAGAGACUUUGUGAUGAUGAGCAGGAAGAGAUCUCAACUGUGGGCCCAGGUCAUAUUGUGCAUGAUGAAAUAAACACCAGUGUAAAAAUGUACCAUUGUGUAGACUGUGGGAAGAGGUUUUCCCGUAGCUCAAACCUUAUUAGCCACCAGAAAACUCAUGUGAGAGAGAAGCCAUACAAAUGUUCAGACUGUGGGAAGGGCUUCACUCGCAGCUCGAACCUUAUUAAUCACCAGAGAACCCACACAGGGGAGAAACCAUACCAAUGUUUGGAUUGUGGGGAGAGCUUCUCUCGCAGCUCUCAGGUCAUCAGCCACCGCCGAAUCCACACAGGUGAGAAGCCUUACCAGUGCCCAGAAUGUCAGAAAUCCUUCAGUCUACGCUCACUCCUUAUUAGACAUCAGAAAAUCCACACAGGAGAAAAACCAUACCAGUGCGCUGAGUGUGGGAAGAGGUUUAUUGAAAGCUCUGAGCUCAUUACGCAUGAGAGGACCCACACGGGCGAGAAGCCAUACAAGUGUGGCAUUUGUGGGAUUGGUUUUUGUCAGAGCUCCAACCUGCUGGCACACAUGCGAACCCAUACUGGAGAAAAACCCUACCAAUGUGUCAGCUGUGGGAAGAGCUUUAGUCGAAGCUCGAACCUCAUUGUCCAUGAAAGGACGCACACGGGUGAGAAACCCUAUGAGUGUUCCUACUGUGGGAAAGGCUUCAGCCAGAACUCUCGCCUUAUUAGUCACAAGAGAAUCCAUGCCAGAGAAGCCAGCCUGAAGCCAGAGAAAAUGGCUGCCCAGCAAAGGAUUGUGGGAGACGCCAUUCCCUCAUUCCCAGCUGGGCUGCAGUCCGGAGGACAAAUGGUUGAGAGGGCCCCUCUAAGCCUGAAAGCAGAGGAAGAAUCCGAGAAAGAGAGAGUACCUUCUCCCAGCAUCCACACUGGACGCCCUGAGGGAUUUCAAAACAAAAUGGCAUCUCCACAGAUCAAAGAGGAAGAGGAUGGUUUAGCCCAGCACUGGAAAUCCCAAUGGCCGGAUUUCCCAAAGGAGAUGCAAUCCUUCCACGCAGGAUGGGGGGAUCCCCCGAACACUGAAUCUUCCUCAUGGGGUCAUAGUGAUGAUUUACCGGCCCAUUUUCAAGAUGCAACUAAUGAUAGUUGCCAACUGAGAGCAGAGCACACCGUCCACCUCUUGCCCAACUUUAGUAGAGAUAUUCGAGGUAUGGACAGUCAGCCAUUAGCCAAAGAAGAAGUGGACUGUGAGAAGCCAGAGCAAAAGACACUUCUGGAUGAGGAGACGGUCAGCAUAGAGACGCACCGACAGCGCUUCCGGCACUUUUGCUACCUGGAGGCUGAAGGACCCCGGGAGGUCUGCAGCCGGCUCUGGUUCCUUUGCUACCAGUGGCUGAAGCCGGAGAGACACACCAAGGAGCAGAUCCUGGAGUUGCUGAUCCUGGAGCAAUUCUUGGCUGUCCUGCCGAUGGAGAUCCAGGGCUGCGUGAAGGAACGUGCUCCUGAGACCUGCGCCCAAGCCGUGGCCCUGGCAGAGGAAUUACUCAUGAGGCACCAAGAACCAACGAGAACAGUCUGCGAGGAUGCUGAGGUUCUUGGAGCGGAAGAGGAGCACUUUGGGUCCUUGUUGCCUUUGCAACACAUGGAAAAAGUGGUAUCUGGGUUACUGGCAGAGGUGGGCCUGUAUUCCUCCGCAACAAAAGGAGCUACACUAGGUGCCAACAAGGAGGGCAAACAGAAGGGUGGCCCUUUGCUGGAUUGUGAACAAUCAAGCAAAAAUGCAAAGCCUUUGGAGGUGAAAAGUUCUACAAAAGCGGAUCAUCUAGGAGACUGUGGGUCAGACUUGGGUGCAGAUGUUGCUAAUGCAGAAAAGUCUUCCCUACUUGGCCUGAAACCUCACAAGUGCUCUGAGUGUGGGAAACGGUUCCACCAAAUUUCCCACCUUAACAGACAUCUGAGAAUUCACACUGGAGAGAAGCCAUACAAGUGCUUGGAUUGCGGGAAAAGCUUCACACAGGGCUCUUGCUUGCUUGGGCACCAAAGGAUCCACACAGGCGAAAAAGCAUAUUCAUGCUCCUAUUGCAACAAAAGUUUCAUCUGGAGCUCCGGCCUGCAUCAGCAUGAAAAAAUCCACCUGGGAGAGAAACCUUAUAAGUGUUUAGAGUGUGGGAAGAGUUUCCAUCGGAGCUCGGCUCUCACCGACCAUGUGAGGUCCCACACUGGAGAGAAACCGUACACUUGCUCCGAUUGUGGGAAAGGCUUCAGCCAGCAUUCCAACCUCAUUGUGCAUCGGAGAGUCCACACAGGAGAGAAACCGUACACAUGUUCCGUCUGUGGGAAAAGCUUUACUCGGACCGCAUUGCUUAUGGCACACCUGAGAAUCCACACAGGGGAGAAGCCAUACAAGUGCUUGGUCUGUGAGAGGAGCUUCAGGGAGAGACCUGCUCUUACAAAACAUAAGAAAAUCCACAUGAGAGAGAAUUUAGCUGGCAUCCAAAAGUGUGACAAAAAUGGGGAAAAAAAUAUUGGGAGGAAAUGGGAAAAACCACCCUGCCUUUGCAAUUGGUGCAGCAAAGCUUGGGAUCCUUUAGGAAAGGUGCUAGAGGAGCUCCAGACCUUGCAGCUGAGAAGCAGUGGUGGGCAAAUGAGCAAAAUCAAGAAAAUUACUGAUCCAAAAGGUCCAGAGCACAUGGAACCAUGUGGGUUAAUAUUAGGAAAUGCUGAAGACAUUUCUGGACUCCACAAAGUGGAACAGACCUGUGAGAUUCAACCCAAACCAGAGGGUCUACCAGGGAUCAUUCCAGGUAUAGAGGAAGGUGGCUCUGUUGAAGGGACUUCCUAUAUCUGCUCUGACUGCGGGAAAAGUUUCUCCAGUAUCUCUAGCCUCAUCAGCCAUCAGAAAAGAAACCACUCGGGGGAGAAGCCAUACAAAUGUUCUGACUGUGGGAGGAGCUUCCACCAGAGUUCAGAUCUUGUUAAGCAUGAGAGGAUCCACACAGGAGAAAAACCAUACCAGUGCACCAUCUGUGAGAAGAGAUUCAAUCAGCGGUCCUAUCUUAUCGUUCAUGAAAGGUUCCAUAUGGCAGAAAAGCCAUAUAAAUGUUACUUGUGUGGGAAAAGCUUCUGUUCCAAUGCACAUCUCAUGACUCAUCAAAGAACCCACACUGGGGAGAGACCAUAUCAGUGCCCUGAUUGUGGUAAAAGGUUCACAACCAGUUCGAACUUUGUCAACCAUAAGAAGACACAUACAGAGGAAAAACCAUACAAUUGUUCCCUCUGUGAGAAAAGUUUCAAGCGGAGCUCAAACCUGAUUCAGCACGAGAGAACCCACACAGGUGAGAAGCCCUAUACUUGUCUAACCUGUGGGGAAAGCUUUGCUUCAAACUCGGGUCUGGUGAAGCACCAGAGAAGCCACACGGGUGAGAGACCUUACAAAUGCUCCUACUGUGGCAAAAGCUUCAGUCAGAGCAUGAUUCUCACACAACACGAGAGAACUCAUACGGGAGAGAAGCCGUGCAAGUGCCCGGCUUGUGGGAAAAGCUUUCGUUCCAGUUCGGACCUUGUCAAACACAAAAGAAUCCACACAGGGGAGAAGCCUUAUAAAUGCUCGCUGUGUGGGAAAAGCUUCACGACCAGUUCAGAUGUGGUGAAGCAUGAAAGAACCCACACGGGCGAGAAGCCGUAUAAGUGUGGCACCUGUGGGAAAAGCUUCAGUCAGAGUGCACACCUUAUGCAACACCAGAGAAUCCACACAGGAGAGAAACCAUACAUGUGCCUCAUCUGUGGGAGAUGCUUUACUUGCAGUGCGCAUCUAGCGGUCCAUAAAAGAACCCACAAAGAAGGGGAGGCCUCAAAAACGUCAAUCUCUUCUGGUUGGGGUGGGGAGAACAAGGAGACUUUAUUAUCAGGCCUGAUGUAGUUGAGUAUGAAUUAUUCCAUGCAAAAAGAGACUCUGAAUUUCUAUGCAUGGGCAGUGAAAGAAAAAUCAGCUAAGUAACUGACUGUUUUUUCCCUUAAAUUGUGCAUGAAAAUAAAAAUAAAAACAGCAACUAGGAGAGAAGCCAUACACUCUUCAGACCAUGAGAACAAGAAUGAGCAUGUUCCUGUGACCUGCUGAAGCUAAACCCAAGACAAGUCUAUUGCCGUAUCCUACUGAUUUGGGCAUGUGUAAAAUUGGUGUAAGAUCAAAGUAUGAUUUAGGCAAAGGCCAUGGCAUUCAUGUCUUAUUUCAAGAGUUGGUUGACAAGGUUUCCAUGGGUCUGUCUAGCAGAGCAAAGCCUGCCUUGAUAAUUUUUUUUAAUUUAGCUGUAGAGGUGAGAAGCAGCUGACAGAAGAACUGCAGGGAGAAAAUGCCUCAUCAAACCACAAUCAUUGAUGCAGAAUUAAAAUGUGUUCUUUUUCAUGCAUUAUUGUAUGUAGUUCUUUUGUAAUAAAUAGAUGGCAGUUU